AAUGUUCAGUGUUCGUAUUCCAAUAGAAUUUGGUUGAUUUCUUAUUUCCUAAAAAAUUCUGAAACACGAUUUAUUAAAACUUUAAACAUAUAAAUUAAAAUGACAGAUCCAAAGAAACAAGAUAAGAAGGCAGCCAAAGAACCAACCCGAGAAGAAGUACUGGCUGGAUUUCAAAGUUUAAGAGCCGAACAGAGACAAUUCUCUUCUAAAUUAGGCGAAUUUGAAGCAGAACUCAAUGAACACAACAUUGUAAUAGAAACGUUGAAAAAUGUGAACGAAGAUAGAAAAUGCUUCAGACUUAUAGGAGGAGUACUCACAGAGAGGAAAGUGAAAGAUGUCUUACCUACAUUGAUUACCAAUACUGAAAGACUGAAGGAACUUAUCGAAAAACUUACUGAAACAAUUACAAAGAAAGGUGUAGAAAUCAAUGAAUACAGGGAAAAGUACAAUAUUCGAUUCCAAGGAUUAGAUGGGCCUAAGCAAGAGGAGAGUAAGGAGUCAGUUACAUCAACAGAAAGUAGGGGAAACGUGCUUGUUUCUUCCUAGUUAGCUUUUUAUUGUGAAAGCUUUUGCAUUAAUUAAAGACAUUUGUUGCAAUUUUUUUGUUGAAAACUUCUUUCAACCAAUAAGACUAAACUUUUAGUUGGUUUAUAGCAAUGUUCUAAUGCAUCUGAAAUUUGAAAAUACACUUAAAAUUUACUCCUUUAUUUUAAUUUCAAUUUUACAUUUUGCAAAUUAACUUAUUUGUAUAAUCAGCUUGGAAUAGAUUGAUAUUCAUUAUUUCUCAAUGAAAGUACUCUUAACAUAAAAAUUUCUGAUGUUUUUGUCUUUUAACGCCUAUCUUAAGUAUUUGCACACUGUUAUAAAAUGAUAUAUUGAAGCAGAUAAACACUGAAGUAUAUUUUACCAUUCUUAUAAGAAACUAGACAAUAUCUUGUGAAUGGAAUGAGAGAAAUUUGAAAUAAAAAGUUAAAUCAA